GCAAAAAAGCUCUGUUCUUCCAUGGCGAAACUUACCAAUCAUGAAGUUGCCAUAGUAAUGGUUCCAUUACCAGCACAAGGCCAUUUAAACCAACUCCUCCACCUCUCCCGCCUCAUCUCCGCCUAUCACCUCCCACUCCACUUCGCCGGAACCGCCGUCCACCUCCGUCAAGCAAAAAAUCGCAUCCAUGGCUGGAACCCACUCUCCACCUCCACCGUCAAAUUCCAUGAAUUCCCAAUCCCAAAUUACGAAACCCCAGCUCCUAAUCCAAAUUCCACCACCAAAUUCCCUUCCCAAUUGAUGCCCUCUUUCCACGCCACGAGUCAUCUUCGUCACCCGAUUACUUCCCUUUUACAAGAACUUUCCAGAAAUUACAGAAGAGUAAUUGUUAUUUACGAUUCUUUAAUAGCUUGGGUUCUUCAAGAUGCUCCUUCUAUAUCAAAUGUUGAGUGUUACUGCUUUCGUAGCAUUUCAGCUUUUUCGAUUUACUCUUGGGAUAAAUCCUCUGUUACGCCGGAGUUUACAGAGUAUACCAGAGUACAAUUUGAGUUCAGGGAACUUGUUAAUUCUGGUAAUUUAUACAAUUCUUGCUAUGAAAUUGAAGGAUUGUAUCUUGAUUGGCUAGCAAAAGAGAAAAGUUCGCGUAAUAAACAAUGGGCUAUUGGUCCAUUAAACCCGGUGAAACGGUAUGAUAAAAAUAAUUCAUUAAUUUCACAUAAAUGUAUGAAUUGGCUUGAUGAACAAGAACCAAAUUCUGUAAUAUUCGUGUCUUUCGGGACGACGACUACGUUUUCUGAUGAACAAAUUAAGGAAUUAGCUAUUGGGUUGGAGAAAAGCGAGCAGAGAUUCAUAUGGGUAUUGAGGGAAGCUGAUAAAGGUGACAUUUUUACAGGGGAAAGUAGAGAAGUUGAGUUACCAGAAGGGUAUGAAGAGAGAGUGGGGAAAAGAGGGGUUAUAGUGAGAGAUUGGGCACCACAAUUGGAGAUAUUGGGACACGAGUCGACGGGUGGAUUCAUGAGUCAUUGCGGGUGGAAUUCAUGUAUGGAGAGUAUAUCAAUGGGGGUGCCAAUUUUAGCUUGGCCAAUGCAUUCAGAUCAACCAAGAAAUGCAGUUUUGGUAACCGAAGUGUUGAAAAUUGGAGUUGAAUUGAGGGAUUGGGCAAAGAGAGAUGAGUUGGUGAGUUCAGUUGCAGUUGGAGAAUGUGUUAAGAGAUUGAUGGAAUCUGCAGAAGGAGAUGAGAUGAGGAAGAGGGUUAUGGAGUUGAGCAAAUCAGUGGUGGAUGGUGGUGGCAGUGCCAAAGAGAUGGCCUCUUUCAUUGCCCAUAUUACAAGAUAAUAAAAGGCGGAGCCUACCGACAGACACCUAAAUUUAUCGCUACUUUUCAUUUAGAUAUUUCAACCAAGUCUUUUUCAUUUCAAACACUUCACGUUGGAGUUUGUUGUGCCAACUUGAAGUGGCUAUUGAUGGGCUACAUUUAUAAAGAAGUUCACGGUAUAAUAAGAUAACCUAAAAAUAGAGUGUGUUAUUGUGUUA